AGAAGGAUUCGGGUGGGGGGCGGAGAGGGGAAGGGGUUCAGUGCGAGUCCGGGAUUUCCGAGCUGCUCGCCCCCUUGGGACUUGCCCUUUUCAACUCUUUUCUGUCCCUUUUCGGGAGGGGAGGAUGCUGCGGGAAGCAGAUCGGACCUCGGGGGUGGGGUGGGGCAAAGAGCCUUGCGGAGAGCGAUGUUCAGCCAGCAGCACCAGUUCCAGCAGCAGCUGCUGCAGAUCCAACAACUCAUCCAGCAGCAACAACAGCAGCAGCAGCAUCCGCCGCCACCCUCAGCAGGCCGGGGACUGUCCCCGCAGCAGCAGCAGAUCUUGAACCUCCGAACCACAGGUCAGGCCUCCCUUCUCAACUCGAACCCCAUGCUGCAGAGAGCCCUGCUGAUGCAACACAUGCAAGCAGGCAGAUUCAACAUGACAGCUCCUGGCCUUCAGCAUUUCUUCCCCCAAGCUACUCGACACUCCCUCCUAGGUCCUCCACCCGUCAGUGUCUCACUCAAACCCGCCCGCAUAGGCUUCCCAGGGCUCCCUUUCCAGAGGCAGAACCGGGGCUAUCGAAAGGAAUCCCCGAAGGGUCCUGAGAAGAAAGAUGUGGAGUUGGGCCCCUCAUCACAGACACCCAGUGAGGAAGAGAAGAUAGAUGUUCCAGAAUCCUCCCAGGAGAAGGCUGACUCCCAGCCCACCCUGCCAGAAGAGUCUAGCAGAUGCCUGGUGCCCAGGAGAUACUUGCUCAGGAAGUAUUUGUUGACUAAGCGGCUUGAUUCCCUUGUUUGCUCUGCCUCCCCAGCCUACCCCACUGCUCUGGCCCUUUCUUCCACAGAUCCACAGACUCCCCCUGACUCCAGUGAUGAUGGUAGCUCAGAGCCUCUGGCCAAGAGACUCAAGAGUGUGGAAGAUGCUACACACCCCAAGGAGGAGACCGGCUUGACCACAGAAAAAGAAGAACAAGCAGCAGAAGCAGAGCCCCCAGAUACCAGCAAAGACUGGAAAGUCCCCGAAGAGCCCAAAAGUCUUGAAGUGAUGGUGAGCUCUGGCAGCUCCCUGAAGGUGACAAUCCAGCAAAGCAGUGAAAGCAGAGCCAUCAGCACAACUGCCCCCAAGCCUGGACCCCGGCUAGCUGAUGGCAGUGCUCCGACCUCCAGCCCAGAGCCUGGCCUAAAGUUCUUCUGUUACAUCUGCAAGAUCAACUGUUUCAACCAGCAGAACUUCCAGGCCCAUAUGGCCGGGCUCCAGCACCAGCAGCGGCUUGGGGAGAUUCAGCACAUGAGUAACGCCUGCCUCCUGUCCUUGCUGCCCACGAAUCGGGAACAGGGUGCCCUUGCGGAAAGAGAUGGGGAACCCCAGUCCCAAAGGUGGUGCAAUACCUGUCAGACCCAUUUCUUGGGGGAUCUGAUCAAGCAUCGCAGGACCCAGGAGCAUAAGCUGGCCAAAAACUCCCUCCGUCCUUUUUGUACUGCCUGUAGCCGCCAUUUUAAGACCCCCCGAAAGUUUGUGGAGCAUAUGAAAUCCCCUGAACACAAGCAAAAAGCCAAGGAGGCACGACUUGGGGAGAAGGAGCCGGGCAGCCCUGAAGAGGCAGAGGAACUCAUCACAGUGGAUGCAGUAGGUUGUUUUGAGGAGGAUGAGGAAGAAGAGGAUGAGGAGGAAGAUGCAGAAGAGGAGGAAGGCAGCGAGGCAGUGGGAGAAGGCGAUGAGGCCAAGCAGGUGGGGUCAAAAGAAGUGUCUGCUAAUGACUGGAAAGGUCUGGAAGAAUACUCUCCUGACAAGAUGUACGGCCUGGAUUUUCUGGUACCCGUGGUGGGCUAUCUUUGCCGGCUGUGCCACAAAUUCUACCACAGCAGCUCAGGAGCCCGGCUUGCACACUGCAAGUCCUUGAUGCAUUUUGAGAACGUUCAGAGAUACAGAGCAGCCAGGAACCCUGGGCCCGUCUCAGAGUCUGAAGUAAAGGCUGAGCCCCUCGGCACCCUGACAGCGGAAGGGACAGGAACCCCUGCUUCAGAACAGCAGGAGGGGCCAGCCCAGCCCCCAGGAGCCGAGUGUAAGUCAGGGGGCAUGGCCACCCACGGAGAUGCUGACAACACAGGUGGGGCCCAGCCACCCACGGAAGCCAGGGGUGGGGAGAAGCCUGGCACUGGGAAGCCCAAGGAGGUAGAGGAGGUGGUCGCUACAGCCAAAGGUAGAGUGCCAGCCCCUGAGCCCUGUCGCCGUUCUACUCGUCAUAAGCCAAGAUAGGAGGGCCCUGGAGUAGCCAGUUGGGCAGCAGACAAUUAAUCUGGGGGCAUUUUACUAGAUCAGUGGAAGAAGAGAAGCUGUUGUUUUCAUUCUGAGACCAAUAAAGAAUUGUGGUUUA